ACACGCUGCGGCGAAGACUCCAGUGCACCGGAAGUCGCCUUCUACACAGUUUAAAGAUAUGGAUCGGUGGACAGGACGCGUUGCCUUGGUAACUGGAGCAUCGAAAGGGAUAGGAGCAGCCAUUGCACGUGCUCUGGUUAAGAGUGGUAUGGUGGUGGUUGGAUGUGCCAGACACGUUGAAGAUAUGCAAAAAACAGCCACAGAUCUUCAAGAUGAAAAGGGCAGUUUAAUUCCAAUGAAGUGCGACCUUACCAAAACGGAAGAGAUCGAGUCCAUGUUUCAAAAAAUCAAGGAACAGUUGGGUGGUGUCGAUGUUUGUGUUAACAACGCUGGUGUUGACCUCUUUCUGAAUUGCAAGACAGGGUCUUUAUCUGACACCAAGACAAUGUAUGAAUUGAAUGUAUUCGCUGUCAUCACCGUUUCCCAGCUUACCAUUCAGUCCAUACAAGAAAGGAACAAGUAUGAUGGGCACAUUAUUAAUAUGAGCAGUGUAUGUGACAGCACGGUCCACGAGGACUCUUCAUGUCACAUGCAUACCCCAACAAAGUGUGCCCUGAAGGCUUUCACAGAGGGCCUGAGACACGAGCUGAGACAAGAGAAAACGAAAAUACGGACAACGGUGAUUAGUCCUGGAUUGGUCGACACUCCGCAAGCAAGAGCAGACAUAGACGACAACCUCUUCUGUCCGGAAACUUGUCUUCAACCAGACGAUGUCGCUGCCGCCGUGACCUUUGCCCUCAGUGCCCCGUCUUGUGUUAACGUCCGCCAUCUUUGCCUCCACGCCAUACACGACUCGUUUUAAACUAUGUCAAACUGCAGAUCUUUUCAUGCUUUUAAAAUGCAUGCCUUAUUGGAUGGGGAAAUGUCUUGUAUUUAAUUUGUAAUUCUUCUUCAUACAACACCAAAAAGCGAAAAUAUUUAAAAAGUGUGUGUAGUCCAAGAAAUGUUGAUUGUGAGUGUUCCCUUAAAGGCAGAUAUAAUUGGAUUUAAAAUGCAUUUUACCUGUAUUUAAUCUUAUUGUUUGUAACUUUUCAUUAAAAUCCUGUCAUUUUU